CCGCGCGUUAUUGUCCUGUAAUAACUGAUGCACAGUGACUCAGUAAAGUGAGAGUGAGACCCCCUUCUGUGCCUCUUCACUUCACUUUCUUCUCAUCCCUCCCACUUUAGAUUUAUUUUCAUCAUCAUCACAUUCUCACUGCAAUCUAAGGGUUUCAACUUUGAAUCCAACAAUAGUUUAGUUGCUGGGUUUUACUUCCUGCUGUUGUUGGGGUUUAGGUUUUGUGUUUUGUCCCAACCCUCAGCUACAAGAGAAGCUAGGAACAGUGAACUGAAAAAGCAACUCUCACAGACAGGGUUUGUAGAUCAGUUUUGUAGUUGAGGCUUUGCCUGGCAGCAAUAUUGGGCUGAACUUGCUGUCUGAGGUGAUAUUGGACGUCAUGAAGCUUAAAAAAUGGCUCGCAAGCGUUUUAUUGCUCACUAUUGCUACUCUAACCUCUUCAUUAGGUGCGUUUGUGGGGGUAAACAUUGGCACUGAUGUUUCUGAUAUGCCAUCCGCUUCAAAUGUGGUCGCUAUUCUAAAAGCCCAUCAGAUUACUCAUGUGCGUCUGUAUGAUGCCAACGCACACCUACUACAAGCCCUUUCAAACACUAGUAUUGAAGUAACUGUUGGUGUCACCAAUGAAGAGGUAUUGAAGAUUGGAGAAUCUCCAUCAGCAGCUGCAGCCUGGAUUAAUAAAAACGUGGUUGCUUAUGUACCAUCGACCAAUAUCACAUCAAUAGCUGUUGGCAGUGAGGUUCUUUCCACAAUCCCGAACGUUGCCCCUGUUCUGGUUCCUGCCAUGAAUUCUCUUCAUAAAGCCUUGGUUGCUGCGAACCUUAACUUCCGGGUCAAAGUUUCAACUCCCCAGUCUAUGGAUAUUAUCCCUAAGCCUUUUCCUCCUUCUGCUGCCACCUUUAACUCUUCAUGGAACUCCACAAUCUACCAACUCCUCCAGUUUUUGAAAAACACAAAUUCCUCCUACAUGUUAAAUGCCUACCCUUAUUAUGGAUACACAAAAGGAGAUGGCAUUUUCCCUAUUGAAUAUGCUCUUUUCCGACCCCUUCCUUCAGUGAAGCAGAUUGUUGACCCAAACACGCUAUAUCAUUAUAACAGUAUGUUUGAUGCUAUGGUGGAUGCUACCUAUUACUCUAUAGAUGCCUUAAAUUUCAAAGGUAUACCCAUUGUUGUCACUGAGACUGGCUGGCCAUCGUUUGGUGGAGCAAAUGAACCGGAUGCUACUGAAAAAAAUGCUGAGACCUACAGUAAUAAUAUGAUUCGGCGAGUUAUGAAUGAUUCGGGUCCGCCGAGUCAACCAAGCAUACCCAUCAAUACAUACAUAUAUGAAUUAUUUAAUGAAGACAAGAGGAAUGGACCUAUAUCAGAAAAAAAUUGGGGCAUCUUCUAUACUAAUGGAAGCGCUGUUUAUCCAUUGAGUUUCAGUGCUUUUGGCCAGGUCACUGGAAAUUCUUCGGCAAUUUUUUGUGUAGCGAAAGAUGGGGCAGAUGCUGAUGAGCUGCAAACUGGCCUGAGCUGGGCUUGUGGACAAGGCGGAGCAAACUGUGCUGCCAUUCAACAAGGGCAGCCAUGCUAUCUUCCCAAUGAUCUGAAAAGUCACGCCUCUUAUGCUUAUAAUGAUUAUUAUCAGAAAAAGAACAAUGCUGGGGGAACAUGUGACUUUGAUGGUACUGCUGAAGUUACUACCCAGGAUCCAAGUCAUGGAUCCUGUAUAUUUUCCGGAAGCUCUAACCCUGGUGGGGUGAGUUUACCUCCUACGGCCCUUGGACCUUCAAGCCCAUUUGGAGCAAGUAUGAACCUGCAAGUGACAAGCCUUCAGUAUUUGAUAUCUGCUAUUGCUGUAUUUUUUGCUCUGGUGAUGUUGUGACCGAAAGGUUGAUGUACUCAAGAUUACAAUUCAAUGAUUCGUGUAAUGUAGUUUUCAUCGAUUUUGUUUCUAA